UUUUACUUUGAACAUACCUUUCCACUGUUUUGUCGUUGAACUGAAGACUGAGCCACACGCCAUUAGUUCCUUGUACGAUUGGACUAGGGACUCCCCGGUAGUUACUCCUUGUUGCACCUUUUUCUGGCUUUAGACUAUAGACCCCAUUAAAGCCCUUCUUCCACCCAAAGUUGUUCACCACUCCUAAGUCAGAUACAAGGUCUUACAUUUACUUGUUUAUUUGGUUGCAAGUGCUGAAGAUUUGGUGCCGAAUCCUACUAAGGGGGUAUCUGGUUCUUCUAUGGCGGCAAUAUUGGCUUCAAAUAGCUGUUAUUGCCUCGAUAUGCAGUCAAUAAAUCAAGGACGGACCCUAGACAACCUUAGUUUCUCGAGCACGAUUUCAGUUCAUAAAUUCUUGAAGUAUGGAGGACCAUCGAGGAAUUCGCCUGGGACAGACAAGUUUCAAGUGGAAAUGAAACAGACUGAAUAUCCCUCAAGAUUAGUUAACAAUGGACGAGCCGUUAAAAUGGUACCAGCAAGCGAAGUAGUGAAAAGGAAAACCCCAUCCAAAAAUAAAGUAGACAUUGUAAAUGGUUCAAGGCAGAUAGUAGAGGGAGCGAAAGUAGUCAGAAGACAACCUACAGCUGCCCUGGUGAAAACCCCAAAGGUUAGGAAAUCUAAAGAACUUCCACCCGUGGAGGAGCUGAAGGUUUUGCCUUCGGAUGAAGGUUUCAGUUGGGCCAAUGAAAAUUAUAACUCCUUGCAAAGGACUAUAGACGUCUGGUCUUUUGUUAUCUCUCUGCGUUUUCGUGUUCUGUUCAGCAAUGAAAAAUGGGCAUAUUUGGGAGGCUUCACAGUUGAUAAGCAGAAAAACAGAAGGCAAAAAACAGCUUCAUGGCUCCGGGAGUGUGUGUUGCAGCUUGGUCCAACAUUUAUUAAACUUGGGCAGUUGUCUUCAACAAGGUCAGAUCUAUUUCCGCGUGAAUUUGUAGAUGAGCUCGCAAAGUUGCAGGACAGGGUCCCUGCCUUCUCACCAGAGAAAGCAAAAGGCUUCAUUGAGAGUGAACUCGGAGCUCCUAUAGAUAUAGUGUUUAAGGAGUUUGAGGACCGUCCAAUUGCUGCUGCUAGUCUUGGUCAGGUCCACCGGGCUAUCCUGCAUAAUGGGGAGAAAGUAGUGGUGAAAGUUCAGAGACCUGGUCUCAAGAAGCUUUUCGACAUCGACUUACGAAAUCUAAAGCUAAUUGCAGAGUAUUUUCAGAGAAGUGAAACUUUUGGUGGUCCAACAAGAGAUUGGAUUGGCAUAUAUGAAGAAUGUGCCACGAUUUUGUAUCAAGAAAUUGAUUAUAUUAAUGAAGGGAAGAAUGCAGAUAGAUUCCGCCGAGAUUUUCGAAAUAUAAAAUGGGUCCGAGUACCUCUGGUUUACUGGGAUUAUACAGCCUCAAAGGUGUUGACAUUAGAGUAUGUUCCAGGGAUUAAGAUAAAUCGGUUGGAUAUGCUUGAUUCACGGGGUUAUAACAGGUCUCGAAUAUCAUCACGUGCUAUUGAGUCAUACUUAAUUCAGAUACUAAAAACUGGUUUCUUUCAUGCCGAUCCGCAUCCUGGAAAUCUUGCUAUUGAUGUUGAUGAAACACUCAUCUACUAUGAUUUUGGUAUGAUGGGAGAAAUCAAAUCUUUCACUCGGGAGAGAUUGCUUGAACUUUUCUAUGCUAUUUAUGAGCAAGAUGCAAAGAAGGUUAUUCAAAGCCUUGUAGAUCUUGAAGCACUUCAGCCCACAGGAGACAUGUCAUCUGUUAGGAGAUCUGUGCAGUUUUUCUUGGAUAAUUCGUUAAGUCAGACACCAGAUCAGCAGCAGACUUUGGCUACAAUUGGGGAGGAUUUAUUUGCCAUAGCACAAGAUCAGCCUUUCCGGUUUCCAUCCACCUUUACCUUUGUCUUAAGAGCAUUUUCAACCCUUGAAGGUAUAGGAUACAUCCUUGAUCCAAAAUUUUCCUUUGUAAAGAUCGCUGCUCCUUAUGCACAGGAGCUUUUAGAUCUAAAACAGAAGCAGCAGUCUGGGACACAACUUGUGCAGGAAAUAAGGAAACAGGCUGAUGAUGCCAGAACAUCUACCAUGUCCAUGCCAUCUAGAGUUCAGCGGAUAGAAGAAUUUGUGAAACAGCUCGAGUCAGGAGAAUUGAAGCUUCGAGUCCGAGUGCUUGAGUCAGAAAGAGCCGCUCGGAAAGCAACAAUUAUACAAAUGGCAACUAUGUAUACAGUAUUAGGAGGUACCCUGCUAAACCUUGGGGUCACGUUCAGCUCUCAAGGCAGUCAAGUGAUUGCAAAUGGAUCGUUCAUUGGUUCAGGAAUUUUUAUGGCACUGUUUAUUAGGUCCAUGCAAAGGGUGAAGAAGCUUGAUAAAUUUGAGAAGAUGAUGUAAAAUUUCUUUCGCAAGCAAGCAUAUCAAUUCUUCCUCGCAUGUUGGAUAAAUCUUGGUCUAAAUUUUUCUGUCUAGUGUCUUUUUUUUUCUUUUUUUUUUUUUCCCAAAACACGGCAGUAUUCUGUCUAUAUAUAGAACGUGAUUAAAUGGGGACCGGAGUUGCCUCCCGAAUUGUAUAAAAGGUGCAAUUCCUCAAGCAAAAAAUAAGAAAAAUUAGGAAUUCAAUUUGGUUAAUUAACGUAAACCAGCAACUUUGUUUUU